GAUGGUUCUGUCAAAUUUUUCUUUAUCUUUCACCUUACAAUUCCCUGCCCAGCAGCAAAUACAAAAUGAUAGCACGCUUUCAUUCAGAUCAUAGAAUGGUAUAAAAGGGACAUAAUCUUAUUAUCAACAGGGAAACUUCUUAAUUUUCUUAAAAGAAACAUUCUUUGAUUUACUUUUUACUUACCCCCCCCCCUCCUCCAAAAAAAAAAAGAAAAAAAAGAAAGAAAACAAAAGUGAGUUAAAUCAGCAUUCAUCAUUCCCCUCUUUUACCCUGGCGUUGGGUAUAGGCCGCCAAGGAGAGCUCUCCAUAUAUCUCAUUUUUCUGAGCGAUCUUCUCCACCUCCAGCCAACUGUGUCCCAUAUUUCUGAUGUCUGUGUCUAGGUAUCUCUCCCAAGUGGACCUCGGCCUUCCUCCCUUUCUCUUUCCCCUGGGAGUUUCGGUUAUGGCUUUGUCGCGUCACGUUAUAGGCUGGCUUCCCGUGUGUGAGUCCACAUAGCUAUCUUUUUUUUCUCUUACGGUCAAUUGGUUGUUGUUUGGUUGCCUCCAUAAUACAUUUCUGAUGGUGUCUGGUCAGUGGAUUUUCACGAUCUUCCUCAGACAACCAUUGGUGACGGAUUUUCAUAUGUUUACGAUCUGCUUUGUAAAUUGCCAAGUUUCCGAUCCACACAGCAAUAAACACUUUCACCGCUGCGCCGUAGCAUGAAUAAUAUCAACUGGUGCGCCUACAUAGAUUUAUAUCGAUUCCAAUGAUCGAUAUUCUGACCACUGGGGAUAAUAAUUAAUAUAUUUCAGCAUACAGCACAAUGACUUACGUAAUAUGAAGAACGGAAGGGGCUUAAUUGGUUAAUUAAUAAAGUGUACGGACUGCAUUUAUUUCUCAAGCGGGCGAUUGGAGGGCGCCAUCGGUAGCUUCUUCUUCCUCUCUCCGUCUGCAGUUUCUGUUUGAAUAUUUUCCUUUUUUCCUCCUCAAAGUGGCUUCCUUCGUGUAGCCGCGCUCCUCUAUACUAAAUCAAAUCAAAUAAGCUCCUCGCAAGACAAAAAAAGCUGCAUGAAACGCGUAGUGCGUUCGAAGGAAUAACCACCACUCUUUAUCUCCGAGUAAAACUUGCCCCCCCCCCCCACCCCCACACCCUACCUUGGAGAUCACCCGUGGGGAUCAGCACUACCAUCUUUACCGCCACACUGUUUUUACUAUAUAUGUGAGCAGAUAUUAUGUUGGGUUUUUGUUUCGAUAAGAAACAUCCUGGCAAUUUUGCAAAGAAUAGUCUCAAUGGUAUCUAUCAAGCUGUAUUAAUUGGACAAUUGAAUUGGCACCCGCGGCCAUCUUUUGAUCGCUUCCUGUUUGCAUUGGUGCAUUGUCUGUUUAAUGACCAACUGGUGACCAAGACGUUGUUGAGCGUUCCCAAUAAUGGUUUUUUCAACAAAUGUAAUUAGUGUACUUCCUUUCCCGGCAAUGAAAACUUCUCAAAAGUGAUAAUUGUUGUCCUUGAGGUGAUAAUCACCUUUCAGGGCAACGAUAGCUGCAGAAAGACAAUACGUCUGACCGGAAGGAGCUUGGCCUUGGAGACUCAGGUGGAUUUUCAUUAGAGAUUAGGAAUAGAAAAGGCUGAUCGCUUUUAAUUCAGCUUCAUGUGUCCUUAGAUCCGGUGGUGGAAUAGAGCAGUAAAUGAAGAGAUGUUUACAAUUUGGGAUGAUGGUAUAUAUAAAUACACGCGUCCUGUCUCUUUCCAUGGACCUUACCUAAGUGUCUUUUUGGGCAACGCAAGGAUUUGCACUCACUGCCACUAUGAGGUGUGCUGUGUUUACCGUUGCGGCUUUAGCAAUUAUUGUCAUAGUUGAAGGAGCCCGGGUUGAAAAGAUCAAAAUAUUGCGAGGUUCCCUUCAGCAGAGGAAGUCACAGGUCACACUGUCUAGCCUGGCGAGUUCCACAAACAUGGACGCUGGCACUGGGUUCAGAAACGCCAACGACAACAUGUUCCGGAGCGCGAAGGGAGUGGGCAGACGCCGACUCGUGGAGACAUACGGUGGGCUAGAUGUAUUUGGUGCAACGGCGAUGGCCGAAACAGACUUGGCCACCGGGGAUCUCACAGGGAAUGUUUUCGGACACGUUGCGUUUGGUCUGCAAAACGAUAUUCCUGACCCGGAUGCAUGUCAGAGGCCUAUUUCAGAGGUACUGGAGAUCGCGAUAAGAGCAGAGAACUACGACAUCAACGAUCCUCAUAUUGAAAGGAAAGACGGUCGCCGACUGGUGUACGUUGAUCCAGACAGCCUCAUGGCUUCACUGGCAUAUCGCGUGGAGUUUUUCUACGCCAACCAGCGCGUAGUCAGCCGGCCGGCAUACUUCAUCGAUGCUUGCAACAGUUCGGUGCUCCUCCACUUUGACCAGGUCAAGAACGUAAGUCUCGGGCGUGAGGUGAGACAAGACGACCCGUGUCCUGAGCCAUCCGAAUGCGACCCGAGCGCUGCUGGAGUCGGGGGGAACCCGAAGACGGGCAAAAUAACUUACAAUCAGAAUGGGCUCUGCUUGGCCACGGAGAAAUCUGGUGACACAUGCACCAUGAGAAACGAGUUUGCAGUUGUUAUAGACAACGAACAGACCACUGAAAGGGACAGAACAACACCUGUUAGUUUCACCUGUGAUGAAGGAUACGACGAUGGUGUUAACCAAGCUUUUGGCGUUGCCUCAGACGCUCUCUUCUAUGGGACCAAAACUGGAUUGCUCUAUGAAGAAAAGUACGACAUGAGGGCGCUACCCUACGCACCUCGCCUUGUAGUUCACUUUGACUCUUGCUUUGAUAACGCAUUUUGGGACGGCACAGAUAUGUAUUUUGGGGACGGUUGCAGAACGUUUUAUCCUCUUGUCAACCAGGAUGUCGUCACGCAUGAGCUUGCUCACGGUAUUACGACCAGAAACAGCGACCUGGUGUAUGCGUUACAACCAGGCGGUAUCAAUGAAGCCUUCUCUGACAUCUCUGGAGAGAUUGGUGACAUGUUUAAUCGUGGUUCUAACGACUGGUUGGUUGGAUAUGAACUCUUUAAAGACGAAGACAGGUCUCUGCGAUACUUUAUCAAUCCACCGGAUGACGGUGUUUCCAUCAAGCAUGUGCGAGAUUACCGUAUCGGAAUGGACGUUCACUUCUCAAGUGGCGUCUUCAACCAUGCUUUUUAUCAGCUCGUUGCUGUCGAAGGCAUGCCCAUCUACGACGCAUACAAGUGCUUCCUCGAUGCCAACCUUGAGUGCUGGGGUCAGUCAACUCGGUUCUGGUCCGGGGCCUGCUGCGUGAUGCAGAUGUGCUACGAUAACGGCUUUGACCAUGAAAUGGUCCGUCGAGCCUUUAGGAAGGUCGGGAUAUAUUUGUUCUUGUGCGACCAUGACGCAGUGUCCACUGUCAUCAAAUCUGGCGAGACGAGAAGUGAGGUCCUGGUAUCAGCGAGCCGCAAUCCCAUUCUGGCAGUGGAGAACAAGAGCGGUGGAAGGGUGUCUGUUACAGCCGAGGCAGCGGAUCUCUCAACUGUACAUAUGGAAGUGGCCACAGAAUCUCGUGCGGAAGACGUUUUUGUCUCCGGAUCGGGUUCCGUGGACGUCGAGAGCGACCUGGAUACAGUCUACGUCAGGCUAACGUCUUCUAGUGCAGAUGACAUCAAGGUUGCCGUGACGGUCGCAUGAAAAGGGGGAAACCGUUUUCAGGGGGCAUGUGUGUUCGCGACACGACGUUUUCAGAAUUGAAAAGUUCAACGAGUGGAAUGUGGUGCCGAUUGCUCCCGAAAUCGAUUCUCUUUGAUUUUUGGACAUCAACUAGCCCCUAUUGUCUGACUGGACACUACAAUAUAUACUCGUCUUCUGUUCUCUACAGUCUGUACCCAUAACCUCACUGCAAAUAAUGUAUUUUUAAAAGCCAUUCUCAAUUAUAUUAUGCCGAAAUGAAAGAAACUAUUUUUGAGUCUUUAUUGUUUGAAGCGUCAAAGGUUUAUAAAAUAAAAUAAAAAAUACUUAGCUACAAGUUAAA